UCCCGGCAUUGAGAGCCCAGAAAACCUUCUCCAGUAGUAGUUGGGCGAAAAUAAACUUAGCAUAUCGAAAUGUUUUCAGACUGGGAGCCGAAUGUCGCCUCGAAGCCAGCUGUCGGUAUAGCGAUUGCCGUUAUUUCCAGUUUCAUCAACGGCUCGACAUUUGUGCUUCAGAAGAAGGGGAUAUUACGAUCACGCCAACGAGGUGAUUCGUACUUGAAAGAUGUGGUGUGGUGGAGCGGCACGCUGUCCAUGGUCGUAGGUCAAAUUGGGAAUUUCCUGGCCUACAACGCGGCCCCCGCCGUCAUCGUCACACCGCUGGGGGCACUUGGAGUUCUAUUUGGAGCCGUGCUGGCGUCCCGUAUCCUGGAGGAGCGUUUAAAUACGGCGGGCAAGCUGGGAUGCGUGUUGUGCUGCUGCGGCUCGGCGGUGCUGGUGCUGCACGCGCCCGCUUCAGAGAGCGUGACGUCGGCGCGCCAGCUGGAGGCCGGGCUGGCAGACCCAGUGUUUGUGACCUACGCGCUCUUGGUGCUGCUGACGCUGGCGGCGCUGAUGGGACGCACGGCCCCCGCCUACGGCCGGCCCAACGUGGGCACGUACGCGGCCAUCUGCUCCCUGCUGGGGAGCUUCACGGUGCCCUGCAGCAAGGGCCUGGGCGUGGCGGCGCGCGACGUCCUCUCGGGCGGCCCGGCCGUCGCCCUGUUUCUGGGCCUGCUGGCCACGCUGGGGGCCGGCGUCCUGCUGCAGUUGUUCUACAUCAACAAGGCCUUGGAGGCGUUCGACUCCAGCGUGUUCGAGGCCGUGUACUACGCGGCCUUCACGUCGGCGGCGCUGGUGUCGUCGGCGCUGCUCUUCAGGGAGUGGACGGCGCUGACGGCGGCCGACUGGCUGGCCGCGCUCUGCGGCUUGGUCACGUUGUGCGUGGGCGUCGCCCUGCUGCGGCUAUCGCAGGAAGCCUCGCUCGCCUGGAAGCAAACCAAAAAGACGCAGUGAUAUGGGCUCUUUUGACAUUUUGACACUAACACGUUUUGCUUUUCUGCUGCUCGGGUCCAGAGUGAAUCCCCGCAUAUUUGCGGUUCGGAAUUCGCAAAUUCGCCUGGAAGCAAACCAAGACGACCUAGUUUUGUGUUUUUACCCAACUUCGUGUGAACUAACACAUUUUGCUUUUGCGCUGCUCGGGUCUACAGUGAAUAUGUGACACAUACGUAACCCUUGCGUAGACUUUGUUCAGCAUUCGCAAAUUCCUAUAUUCCCUUACAUUUAUUAACGCGUCUAAAUGGCAAAAGGCGAUUUUUAAUAACGUUUUUUGUUUGUCCAUAUAUGAUAUCACUUCAGUUUGUUCCAGCGUGUUAUUUAAGCUAGUAUGCUAGCUAAUACUACUGUAUUGAUGAGACUCAGGUGAAGGUGGUUUGUCUGUGAUGAAUAAUGUACGGCAAUAACAGUCAUUGUUACAGAUUGUGUACGUUCUCGAUGCAUGGUGUUGAUGCUUUAUGAUCCUCUAAACACUUACAAACCCCUAGCGGAAAUGUUACAAUGACAAACAUUCUCCACCACUAGAAAGCUGUUUUAAGCAAGUGGAGCCAUGUAGCUAGUGUCCAAUGGAAAAGGGGCAUCAGCGUAGCUUUUCCACCGCAGUUUGAGCUCGAAUCGUCUUGGUUUUGGUUGACGGAAAAACGCCGCACUGAAUGCAUUAGACUCCCUCUUGUCGUCGAAUGUGAAAGGUUCACUGCCUCGGUACAUUUCAUUUGUAUUGAACUUUGAAGUUCAAUCCAUUUAAUCUUUUUAAGAACUGUGUUUUUAAUAUUCAUGUAUUUUUUAUUUAUUUAUGUGCAUUUAUGUUUAAUGGCAUUUUUUUCCUUCCCUCUAUUUAAGCACAGAGUGCCUUGCCUUUUAUAAGUAUGUUUUGCAGUACUCACAUUUUUUCUCUUUGCCAUUGGCAAUGACUUGUAUGUUUGGAUAAAUAUACAAAAUAAAGUGAACUAA